AUGGAUGGAUGGAUGGAUGGAUGGAUGGAUGGAUGGAUGGAUGGAUGGAUGGAUGGAUGGAUGGAUGGAUGGAUGGAUGGAUGGAUGGAUGGAUGGAUGGUAGAUGAUGCCUCAGCAAUUAAAAUAUUCAUAUUUACCGCUUCCUCACUGCUACAUGGAUUUGAACACCACAAGAUUCCCAAAGUGCAGAAUUUGGAAUUUGAAAAUGUCAUCAAGUUGCAAAGGCCUUUCAUAGAGUUAGUGGACGCCACUGAUUAUGUGAUUUACCUUUUAUUUAAGAAAGAGAGCAGUCUAUUUUCGAGAAGCGAGGAAGGGGACAUGAAGGAUUGUUUAUUGAACUCAAUCCGAGAACAUGUUAAAUUAUGCACUAUUGGAGGCAAAUUAGGACAAGUAGCAUAUUGGCUAGACAUUAAUGGGGAUGUCUACAGCCCCAGAAGACAUUUUAAUUUCAACGAUUUGAUAUGUCGUGUUUUAAAACAGAAGUUCAGGAAGAAAUCAACUACUAAUUCAUUUUUAAUGAAGAAAAUUAAUAAUAAUAAUUAG